GUCUGUGGUAAAAUGAACUCCAUUGUUCCUGGCAACAAAAAUGCCUGUUCUUUGUUGAAAGGAAGGCAAAAUGACAGUGAUAAGUUUGCUCAAUUCACAGUGAACACACAAAACAGUGAGAGUGCCACAUGUCCUUUCAUCUUGUUUCAGGAUGUGUUUAGGGAAGGAGGUGUUUGGAGGAAACCCAUCGAUAACAUUUUUGAUGAAUGUGAUCACCAGUGAGGACAGAGUGGAUGGUUACAGCCCCCAUUAUCUUGUGUUUCUCUGUUGGUUUCCCUCCUUUUUUUAAAUUUUCAACUUGUGGGACUUCAUGUUGCCUCAAAACACACAAGGUACAGGAAUAUGUCAAGACAUCGUUUUAAAAGUGAUGGCAGCUAACAUGAGCACAGCAUUUUUUCUUUCCUAAAGUUGCUUGUGAAUGCCCAUCAGGAGUAUGUUGAGGUGGUAGGAGACUAAACAUACUAGAGGCUUUCUCUAGAAAAUAAGCUCAUGAAAAGAGGAACGUUUGAUUCCAUUUUAAUUCUCAUUUUUACCUUUGGUUUUCUGCUAAACAUUACAAAAUUCCCAUAAAAUAAAUAUGAUCAGGACAUUGACUGAAAAAUGCAUUUCACUUUUCUCCAAAUACUGUUCUGCUGUGAGCUAAGAGUUGUUUAAUUUAGAUAAAGUUUACCAUUAGUAUCUGCAUAUAUACUUGAAUUUGCAAAAUCAUAUGUAUUCUAAUGAAGUUUUUUGUUUUGUUCAAAUCCUCAUUUUUUAGGGGAGUGCUGUUCCAUCAAGCACACUUUCCAUCUGGGUGGCCCUGGCUUGUGUUCCUAGUACACGCCAUUUGAAACAAAUUCUUCAGGUAUGACGGUCGUUGCUGUCAGAGAUGAAGUUCCAAACAGAAGAAAGCAGAAAAUGAGGAGCUGAUAGAAUUUUGACAGCGGGAAUUCAGCGUUAAGAAGAUCCCUGAAGUGAAAAACACCACCAAGACUUCCUGCUGAUUCAUCUCUUCUGAGUAAAUGAAGAAAGUGACUAUGAAAGCACAGCAUCUUCCUUCUGUUUUCAUCAAUGAGGAGAAGUUCAUAACCAGAGAGCAGUUCAGCUUUCUUCUGAAGAAUUAUAACUCUUACUAUUCGGAUCAAGAGAAUCUACAACUGACAUGUAAUCAGCGAGAAGGAGACGCACCAUUUAUUGAAGGAAUCCUGUCAAUAUUUUGGGGAGUGCGACACCCUAUCCGAUUAAAAAUUCAGGAUGAGAAGCUGAUACCCUCUUUUGUAACCCUGAAGUCAACAGGGAGCGUGGAUCUGUUCCCUAGUAAAAGGGGAAUGACUCGCUGGGGAGAAUUUGAUGACCUGCAUCACAUUAGUGGGGAGACACUGAAGUCUGCUGAGGAACAGCCAGACCUCGAGCAAAGUUAUCCGUGUUAUGAAAGCCACACGCUGAAGCCCAGGAGUGAGCAGGAGCACGACUGUGCCACCCUGCCCCGGACCAGCAGCGAUGCCGCGGCCGUGCGGAAGAGGACCAAGCUCCCCUCAGCAGUCAGGACAGAAGGAGAAACUCACAGGUUCUCAAUCAAUGGCCACUUCUACAACCACGAGACAUCAGUUUUCACUCCGGCUUUUGGAUCAGAAACCAAAAUAAGAAUCAACAGCCAUAUGAGAACCAGACAUGUGAUAGAACAGCUGCUUCACAAGUUUAAGAUAGAAAACAGCCCCCAUGAAUUUGCACUUUACAUUAUCCAUGCAUCUGGAGAAAAGAAGCAGUUGAGGAGUGGAGACGUCCCCUUGCUGCACAGGCUGCUGCAGGGGCCCUCGGAGAAGAUUGCCAAGUUCUUUCUCAUGGAUGGGGAUGUGGAAGAGAUCAGCAGUGACGUUGCUCAGUACAUUCCAUUUCAUCUUCCCUUUUUGGAAUCAAUUCUGCAUAGAAUAAAUGAAGAGGAGAAGCAGGAGAUUCAACAGACAAUGGCAAGGUACCUGAAAGAGAAGAGCCUGAUACAGCAACACCUUCGCAGUCGAACUGUUAGAAAAACAGAGACCACGGUUUGAUGGGAACGGCCCCUUGGGAACAGCCCCCUGGGUGUGCGGAGGGGCAGUCGCUGUGCUGCUGCUUCUGGGGGCUGGGACUGAGGAGCACUUCAAGCUCAGGGUGUGCAGAGUGAGGGAGUUUCUCCUGAGCAUUAAACAGCCAAAACUGCCCCCACUGCUGCAGUGCUGGGAUGUGGGUUGGAACCACCUAAGGAGAUGCACUACAUCCCCCAAACAACAGAUGCUGAAUCUGGCUUGGAACUUAGGGAAAAAUACGCCCUGAAAAGCCCAAGGCUUUAAACCCUGCUGAUGUACAACCCGUUACCUAGAGGCUGGCAUAGGAAAAAUAUUGCAAUAACCACUGUGUUCAUAGAAAAUAUGCAAAUUAAGUAUAUGGUUAUCCCUCUAUUAGAGAAAUGUGGAAUUGUACUAGCAGAAAGCUUUUCAGUAGAGGCAAGUGGCAGAAGGUAUUUAUGUAUUUAAGACAGCAGGUAGGAUUUUCACUUAACUUAUAAAAUAUCCAUGCAAGAUGCCUGAAAUCCCACUGGCUUCAUGUUGGUAGAUGCUGAACUUGCUUAAGCUUUGAGCUACGGUUAGAAAAACAUAAUUGGCAGCCUCCCACGUACAAGCUGCUCAGCUCUUAACCGUGAGAGGGUGUUUAUCCCUGAAAUACCUUGUGAAACGCAAAAGAAGAACUGUCACUGAACACAGGUGGGUCCUGGAAGGCAUCUCAGUAGUUUUUGCUGCUGUAGUAAGUGAUUCUGUGGUUCUUCCAGUGUUUUCUGUUUGAAAGGGAAUGGAGAAGUGCUCAGGGAGAGGCUGAACAUCAUAACCGUGGAGGGUUGGGCUCGUGGCCUCCCCAUGGAUGCAAUUUGAGUCCAGCCUAGCCCCAGAAAGGGCACAGCAGCCAAUGCCAGGCCCUGUCUGGUGGAGUUGUGUUGGAUAUUGGAGCUCAAAUUACAGAGAUGCAAAUAAAAUAAAUUGUGUGCAGUUGAUGUUCCUCCUGCAUUAGCCGAUUGUUUUUACCUGGUAUCUGUGACAACCUCAGCUGCCUUUGCCUUGUGCAGGUAACAAGUAAGUGAGGGAGGAAAUGAACAUGUUGUCUACAAAUCAUGUGGAAUAAAUCAAAUUAUAAAACUUUA